AUCGAGAAAAAUUGCAGAGCAGUACUCUCUGAACUCAAAUGCCCUUCUGUAGUGCGAUUCGGUAACCUUUUUAACGACAUUCGCAGUGGCUAAUUUAGCUAAACGAUAAUUUUAAAGAUUUUGCUAUUCAAUAAGUACUUUCUUAUCGAUAUUCGAUAAGUGAAAAUCAGCUGUUUCGUUAACGAUUCGUUUAUGGUUAAGUUAUCGACAUCUCAUUUGGUGUUGUUAAGUUUGUGUUAACCAAACGAAUUUGCGCGCAAGUAAAUCAAAGUGAAUUUAAAUAAAAGAAAUGGCGUUCGAAUAUGUGGCGUAUAGUUUACACCGAAACUAUGGAGUCAGAAAUACCCCCACAGUGGAUCGGCGUUUGCUCCGCGACAUUCACGAUCCAUUUGAGCUGGCGCCUUCCGAGUUCCGGAAGCUAUAUCGUGUGGGCCCAGAGACUGCAAUGGAGCUCAUCCAGCGGCUGGAAAUCCAAUUGAAAGGUAAAAGGAUUACCUCAAUAUCGGCGGAAAAACAGGUUUUGUGUACACUACGCUUCUAUGCCACAGGAUGCUACCAACGGCCUGUAGGGGAACAGUGGGGCAUAUCAAUGAGCCAAUCAUCUAUAAGCCGUUGUAUACAUCGCGUAACUGAUGCCAUAAACAGUGGACUAUUUUUUGAGGAGGUUAAGUUCCCUAUGACGCAGGUGGACCGUCAAGCUGCCAAGGAUGUGUUUGCUUCAGCACCUGCGCCUUUCGUUGGAGGAACUAUUGGAGCGGUAGACUGCACGCAUGUUUCUAUUUUGGGUCCUAAAACUCAUGAGGAAGCAUACGUGAACCAUCAUGGCUAUCACUCGAUAAAUGUUCAAAUGAUAUGUGACCCAAAUUUAAAAGUACUCAACGUCAAUGCUAGGUUUCCGGGAGCACGACAUGACUCUUACAUUUGGAGUUCCUGUCCAGUGCGGCGAGUCAUGCAGAGAGCUUUUGACAAUGGAAACCGCAACAUGCUUUUGAUUGGCGAUUCUGGAUACCCCUUAGAGCCAUGGCUCAUGACGCCUUUACCGAACCAACCUGAGGGUACUCCUAAGUUUCGGUACAACGAGGCGCUAUGCAAAGCUCGAAAUCCAGUAGAGAGACUAUUUGGAGUGCUUAAAGGAACUUGGCGAUGUUUAUCACAACAACGAGUGUUACUCUACGAUCCUGGUUUUGCUGGUAAGGUUGUAAAUGCGUGCUCAACCUUGCAUAAUAUCCGUUUGCGCGAGCAAAUAAAUGAAGUCGAUAAUAAUAUAAUAUUAGAAGUAGAAACACGUGUACAUGCAGACGGUACCGACUAUAAUUCAAAUUCGGUAUCUUCCAUGGGAAAACGUGUCCAAGACCGAUUAAUUAGUAAUUUUUUCUCCUAAAUACUUUUGUUUUUUGGGCAUUUCAUCUAAAAUUAUAAACGCCUCGUAUCCACGUAAACUUAAUUAAUUUUGUAUCGUAAACCAGUUUAUUUACAAGUUACGAGGCAUUUAUGCUUUUAGAUGAAUACCCAUUUUAUUUUAAAUUUACAUGUUUAUCUUCGCACUAGUUUUGUCUUCUUAAUACUUAAAGUUUUUUCUUUUAAAUUUACUUACAAUCACUCACAGAAGUUUUCGUAUUAUCGUUUUUCACAAUAUUAAAAAUACUUUGAAUAUUGAACUAUUUUUGCAAAUUUGUAUUCAAAAUAUACCUCAUUCUAUAAAAAAAACCUUAGGAAUCAAUCUUGUUAACUUUGUACAAUGUUCACAGAAAUUUAUCAAACUUAAAAAAACGUUCAUCAAAAUUUCAAACUCUUUAUUCAGAAUCUUAGAAAAUUUUCGAGUAUGUAGUUUUGUAGCCCAUUCAAUUUCAGUAGGGUAAAAUUCAAGUUUGAUGUCGCUACAAAAUACCGUUCAUAUUUGAGAUUUUUUUUUCGAGGGUGUUCAGC